AUGCGUCUCACUACUGCUCUCGCCGCCCUCACCCUCCUUUGCACUGUCUUCUUAGUGCAAGCCGCCCCGCUUACGCCCGGCUCCCGACAUGAUGCCACAGCAUGUGCGAGACUGACAGACUGCGACUCUUGUGUCCGUGCAAGUCAUUGCGGGUUCUCGCUAGACACUCAAAGCUGUGCGGCGAAAGAAGGCCAUCCUGGAUCUCUCGCGACAUCUGCCAUUCAAUGCAAGAAGGCAUCCGCUGUAAAUCCUUGCUACAAGAAGUGUUGUGGGAAAAAGGCCGAGGCAAAGUGGAAAGGGAUGAAGAACCACGUCCUGAACGGCCGUCCCGACAAGGCAAAUUCUGGCCGGCAUCUCACGUCCACUUGGUUCGCGCACAACGCCAACAAAGGCACUGCUGGGCACAUGACGGUCGAUCCUGCGACGGCUCUCGCUCAUGUGCAGGCCGGCAAGGGGCCGAAGACGCUCUGGGUUAAUAAAGGUACGACGGGAAUGACGACAAACGUCGCGCACAAGUACACGCGGAGACAGGUCGCCGGCAUAUGCAAGGCGGCGCUCAGGGCGGCACUCAAAGCGGGAAAUUCGAGGACGACGGUGACGAGUGGCUCUUACUCUGUCCGAACGCCUACUGGGACCAACAUCUGCGUGGCGGUGUCCAAUGCACAGUGCUACCCGGCGAACAUCCAUGCGACGACGGUAGCAGCGGGUGGAAAGUGUUGA